UGUCCAACAUCCUUUGGGGAAGUGUGAAAACCUCAGCUGAUCCCGACAGUCAGAAUUUUACAAGAAAAUAUGAAAGGGCGACUUUUCAUCUGCUGGUGCCUUGUUAUAUACCCACAGGGAUGUGUUUCCUUACCAAAGGCCUGUGCCCCCAAGAAAAGUCUUUCUGUUGAGGAGGGUGAAGACGUCGUUCUACAACUGGACCUGAAUAAUAUCCGUCUCACUUCCAUCACCUGGGAAUAUGAAAAGUUUGUUAUUGCCACCACAAAACCAGGCCAGCCACUGGAGAUGGGAGAUCAUGGCUCUGACUAUACCGGGAGACUAGAUUCUAACUUAAAGGACGGCUCAUUAAUGAUCAGAUCUUUGUCUUCCAAUGACAUUCGGAUUUACCGAGCUGAAUUAUUUACCAGUGAAAAGAAAUACAUCUGUGCCCAGUUAUAUGAUCUAAGGAUUAGCGGCAAUAGAGGGAUAUCUCCAAGCAUUGCAGAGCCUAGCGAAACGUGUACUGGCACAAGACAAUUAUUUCAUCACCUUGGGGACACUGUUACCCUACAAGCUCCCAGUCGUUCAGGAGUAGCAUCUAUUGUUUGGGACAUUAAUAACAUCGAUCACCUCGCAAUCACUAGGCCGGGCCAGAUUGAGCGGCAAAAUUAUUGCAACUCCGAGAGACUUUCUGCCAUGAGUGACGGAUCUUUACGGCUGCCUCGCAUAACCGCCAACGAUGAGCGGGUCUUCAGAGCGGAGCUUUUUACCAAUGACUGGGUCCACUACUGCACACAGCUUUUUGAAGUGAAGCUACAAAAAAAAAAAUCAACAAUGUCUUCUGUGAUCUAUCAGGCGUUGUCAGGUUGUGUUCUCCUGGUUGCUGUGCUUAUAUUACUCCACCACAUUAGGACGGAGUGUACUGCCAACUGAUGAAGGUUUUUUCCAAGCUGGUCUGAAAAA